AUGAUGCUUUCAAAGGGGUAUUCACUUUUGAAGGUCAAAAGUGAGAUGGAAUUAGACCCCGAAGCUGAAGAACCGGCUAUCAUACCAAAGUCUCGGAUGGCAAGUUUUCAGUUCAACUUAGCUGGUCUAGCUUGUCGCUCCACAUGUUUCGUUUUGUUUAUUACUGGGGUGGUAAUAAUAGUAUCAACCUUAGGAUGGACCCCAUCAGACAGAUAUUGUGCUGCGCAGCUUAGCAUUUGGUCUCCGUUACUGGAAGCAGUUGAGUACGAGGAGCGUGACUGGGAAAAUACCUAUAUCAUAGGAGAUUCAGGCUUUACUGGCCCUCCAACAGCAGAAUUAGAAGCUAAGUGGAUAAAUGUCAGCCAAGUCCCUGCUCUCGUAAUUCCACCUGAGCGUGUUUCUUCCCUUAAUAGAAACUUCGAACAAGGCUUUGUUCCAGUAUCGUCAAGCUCCCCUUCUUCAGGCUACAUCGCUGGGAUUGAGGUAUUUCAUCACCUCCAUUGCCUCAAUGCGCUGCGGCAAUACGUGUGGCGGGAUUCAUAUCCGGAGGACAUGGUCCCGGACCUACUCAAGUCGAUGGAAGGCGCCCGGAAACAUGCACAACAUUGUAUUGAAACGCUUCGUCAGGCUCUUAUGUGCACCAGCGACAUCACCCCGUAUCUUAUUUACAAGACGGAGGACCCCUCUCCUGGGUCGGAGCCAGCUAGAGAGGAUUUCCAAGCGUCCCACAAAUGUAGGAAAUUUCCCAAACUAUUGGAAUGGGUGAUGGACAAUGGGAUUCCGCUUUCUGAGUUGACGGCCCUACGCGAGGAUAUGUAG